CUGAAAGAAUGACAUCUCCAUGAAAUAAAUCACUAAAGUAAAGCGAAACCUCGGAGCAUUUGCCUAGAGAUUAACAACUCUUCGAAUGGUAGCGAAAUACCCGUAGGAUGGCUUCAUCGUGAGGUCGCACAGUGAAACCUACUGAACACCGGGACGGUUCACCAUCAAAUAUCACGCGGAGUAUUUGAGACCCUUCUCUUCACAUUUACAUCUCAUACGACAAGCAUGGCUGCUGCGAUCCAUCUACCUCUUCACCUACGCAGUGACCGUGAGGUUCACGUGGUCAUCUCGAUCCUGUCCGGCCAGAGGAAAGCCCAGCAAUACUACGACGAGACGCUCAAACCUUUCCUGGACGACCGCGAGAUCAAGCACAGCACUCAUACGACCAAGUCAGCCAAAACCAUCUCCGAGCUGACAACGAGUUUGUUCCUGCCAAAUGCUGUCAAGGGAGUCAAACAGACCAUCAUCCUCCUUUCGGGGGACGGGGGCGUCGUGGACAUUGUGGACACCCUCACCUCUGUACUGAACCGAAGCAGCAAUGACCCCCGACUACCGUCGGUGUUUAUCAAGCCGGUGAUUGCCCUCGUACCCAUGGGCACGGCCAACGCGCUGGCCUGGAGUUCAAGGGUCGCUGGGGACCCGCUGAAUACCAUGUUGACGAGCAGUCCUCCAAAGUCACUGCCGACCUUUCAAGCUCGGUUCAGCCCGGGCGCCAGACUAGUGGUUGACGAGGGACGAGGCCGAGACGCUCUGGCGGCAGCAGCAGCAGCCUCGGAAGACGACGACGACGACGACCACGAGAGUAUCAUGUACGGCGCGGUUGUGUUCAGCUGGGGCCUACACGCGAGCCUUGUGGGGUUGAGUGACACCACAGAGUACCGCAGACACGGUCUACAGAGGUUUCGCAUGGCCGCCGAGCAGCUCCUCAAGGACGACCACAAGUACAGAGGAAAGGUGAAAUGGAGGAAAGCGGAUGAUGGGAGUGGAGAGUGGAAAGACCUGGGCGCUGGGCUCGAACACUCUUAUGUGCUUGCUUCACUGGUCUCGAACCUCGAGGAAACGUUUCAGAUUUCCCCGGCGACGAAGCCGGUCGAUGGUACACUGCAUCUGGUACACAUCGGCCCUGAACCUGCCUCGGAAAUCAUGCGCAUCUUGGGGAUGGCGUACCAGUCUGGUCAGCACGUCACCGACCCCAAGGUCACGUACGAGGAUAUCGAGGGUCUGAGGAUCGAGUUCGAUGAAGACGACGAACAAUGGAGGCUGAUCUGUGUCGACGGCAAGAUCAUCGCCCCGGCUAAAGGCGGAUGGGUCGAGAUGACCAAGAUCCCGGCCUCAGGUGUUGAUGGACGGCGAGUGGUCGAGCUUGUUUGUUAGAACUUCAAGCCUGGCUUCCACGGGCUGGCAACGAUGCUCAUGAUAAACAGGCAAUAUGUCAACUUGAAGAAUGUGCUCAUAAGAAAAGCUACUCAAUCAG